GCGGGGCUGGUUCAGCGCUGCGAGUGGGCGGGUCGAUGCGUUGCAGUUGGGUGAGAGUCAGUGGCCGGUGCGUGUGGCGUCUCUGCUGCUCCGUGUGAGAGGGAAACGUGUCAGCGCUGAGGGAGGCGAGGGAGUGACGCUUAUAAGACUUUCGGACUUUACAAUGGAGACAGUUGUUUGGGAGUACGGCUAACGGAGCAGGCAAUGGAGCUUACAUUCAGUUCUCUGGCUACUGUAUAGCAACAAGGUGAAGCCCAUGGUAGGGGUGAAGAAAACAAAAGAAAUGUGCAUAUUCCUAAUGUCCGUUCUCCUGCACAGGGCUAAACAAAAUCUCUCUUGUCGAUGAAACUUGGAAACCUCAUAGAUUUUAGAGCAAUUGGUGCUUUGGAGGCAAGACAUCGGCAUUUAAGAGGUACAUGUGGCAUUGUGUGUGCUUAUCAUGGCUGCCUACUUAAUCUCCUGUGUCUGGUUAUCUGUGGUACUUGCCCAGAAAAGCAUGGGGCACAGUCUGUUCGCCUGUGAACCAAUCACAUUAAGAAUGUGUCAGGACCUUCCUUAUAAUUCCACCUUCAUGCCAAACCUUCUGAAUCAUUAUGACCAGCAAACUGCGGCUUUAGCAAUGGAGCCUUUCCACCCCAUGGUGAACCUGGAAUGUUCCCGGGAUUUUCGCCCUUUCCUGUGUGCUCUCUACGCACCAGUGUGCACGGAAUACGGACGCGUGACACUGCCCUGCCGCAAGUUAUGCCAAAGAGCCUAUAAUGAGUGCUUCAAACUUAUGGAGAUGUUUGGCGUGCCUUGGCCGGAAGAGAUGGAAUGUAGCCGGUUUCCAGACUGUGAUGAGCCAUACCCCCGAAUAGUGGAUAUCGGCCUGUCUGGAGAACCAUCCGAAGAAACCCCUUUAGCUGUGCAAAGGGACUAUGGCUUCUGGUGCCCCAGGGAACUUAAAACUGACCCUGAAUUAGGUUACUCCUUUUUUGGAGUACGAGACUGUUCUCCACCCUGCCCGCACAUGUACUUCCGUAGAGAAGAGCUCUCCUUUGCCAGAUACUUCAUCGGUGUCAUUUCAAUAGUUUGCCUCUCUGCCACCUUAUUUACCUUCCUGACGUUUCUUAUCGAUGUCACAAGAUUCCGUUACCCAGAGCGGCCAAUCAUAUUCUAUGCUGUCUGUUACAUGAUGGUGUCCUUGAUUUUCUUUAUUGGGUUUUUACUAGAGGACAAAGUGGCAUGCAAUGGUGCAAACCCUAGCCAGUACAAGGCUUCCACUGUAACCCAGGGGUCCCAUAACAAAGCCUGUACGAUGCUCUUUAUGGUGCUUUACUUCUUUACCAUGGCUGGCAGUGUGUGGUGGGUCAUCCUUACCAUUACUUGGUUCCUAGCAGCAGUUCCGAAAUGGGGGAGUGAAGCCAUUGAGAAGAAGGCACUACUGUUUCAUGCCAGUGCAUGGGGCAUUCCUGGGACCCUAACAAUCAUCCUGCUCGCUAUGAACAAAAUUGAAGGAGACAACAUAAGCGGUGUGUGCUUUGUUGGACUCUAUGAUGUCCAUGCCUUGAGAUACUUUGUCCUUGCCCCUCUCUGCCUGGAUGUUGUUGUUGGUGUUUCUCUGUUGCUCGCUGGAAUUAUUUCCCUGAACCGAGUCCGGAUUGAAAUCCCCUUGGAGAAGGAAAACCAAGACAAACUAGUGAAAUUUAUGAUCCGCAUUGGAGUAUUUAGCAUUCUUUAUCUUGUGCCACUCUUGGUGUUGAUUGGCUGCUAUUUCUAUGAGCAAGCCUACCGAGGGGUGUGGGAGACAACUUGGGUACAAGAGCGCUGCAGAGAAUAUCACAUUCCGUGUCCAUAUAAGCCCAAGUGCCAAAGAACUGGGUCACCCAAGUUUGGACCUCUGCUUUCCAGCCCAGUCAAACAGGUGACACAAACAAGUCGGCCGGACCUAAUUCUCUUUUUGAUGAAAUACCUCAUGGCGCUUGUGGUUGGAAUACCUUCUGUGUUCUGGGUCGGAAGCAAGAAGACGUGUUUUGAAUGGGCCAGCUUUUUCCAUGGCCGUAAGAAAACAGCAGGCGUGAAUGAGAGUCGUCAAGUGUUUCAAGAGCCUGAUUUUGCCCAGUCGCUCCUCCGGGAUCCAAAUACCCCAAUUGUCAGGAAAUCUCGAGGGACAUCCACUCAGGGAACCUCUACUCAUGCUUCGUCCACUCAGCUGGCUAUGUUGGACGACCAGAGGAGCAAAGCGGGCAGCGUCCACAGUAAAGUGAGCAGUUAUCAUGGCAGCUUGCACCGCUCGCGGGAUGGACGGUACACCCCGUGCAGUUACAGAGGAAUAGAAGAACGUCUCCCUCACUGUAGCAUAUCCCAUUUGACUGACCACUCGAGGCACAGUAGCACUCACAGACUGAAUGAGCAGUCACACCAGGGCAGCAUUAGAGACUUGACCAAUCCCCUGGCUCACAUUUCUCAUGGAACCAGCAUGAAUCGAGUCAUCGAGGAGGAUGCAACAAGUGCCUGAUGGGAGUGUAGAACAAACAAAGAGCUUGAGAAGAGCUGAUAUAUCAUUUGCUCUUGACAUCUAGAAGAGCUGACAUGGCCUACUGGAAAGUCCCUGGUUGGGAUCAUGGAAUGCGUACAAUCUACUGAUUUUUCAAAGAUGGACAUUAAAGGAUAAGUAAACUUUAAAAUAAGUGAAUGUAAAAUGGAUGAGGGGACUAUUCUAAGCACUUAUGCAAUGUACAUUCAUUAUUUAUUUUCUUUUAAUUCCAAGAUAUUAAGGGAUACAUGU